AUGGCCACGGUGACUGAAAUCCUUAAGAGGGAGGCAUCAAACGCAUCAGACACCAAGGAUAUUCAUUUCGAUCAGCAAUCGGUGCAGAAUGCCACACAGAACCUACCACUGGAAUCUAAGAAGA